GCCCAUUCUAUCUACACCUGCCGAGCCAGCUGCAGCUCCUCCUGCUGCUCCUGCUGAUUCCUCCGCUCCCUUGAGAAACCAUCACUCAGAGUCCGAUCCUCUAUUGUCACACUUGGCACUGUCACCCUCCGUUACUACAAGGCAUGCUGCAGCAGCAGCAGCCCAUGCAUCCACUCCCUUUGCUCUUGCGUCUUCUCCGCUCCUCCCGUCUGUAACGCUCAUUGGCGGUUACCAUGUUUACAGCAGCCACGUCUACAGUAACCGUGCGUACAGUAGUUUCGCUAGCACAGCCUCCACUGCAGGAAAUUUGCCCUGCUCGUUACAGUCACACGUGGCCCCCUCCAUUCCGAACCUGCCCUCUCGGUUCCUCUCGUCCGUCCCUCCCGUCGCUUCCCAAGUCUCUGAAUCUGCUUCGGAGUCAUCUGCCGAGCCAGCUGUUCCUGGCUCGGGGCUCCCUGUCAAGCCUGCUGCUACUGGUUCGGGGAUACCUGCCGAGCCUACUGGUGAUGAUGCUUCGGCAGCAGGGAAAGAUGAGGAUACCACGAGUGUGAAAGUGAGCGAAGCAGAAGCAGAAGCAGAAGUUUCAGAGAUUUUGGGAGGAGGGAAUCACAGCAUCACAGGCAGCCCCGUGAACAGUAGCACCACCAUCAGCAGCAACAGCAGCAGCGGCAUCAACAGAAACAACCGUUUUGGCAGCGGCGGGGAGGGCCGAACCGGAGACGGAGGUUCGGGCAUUCAGGCUUGGAAGAAACAGCCGAGGCAGCGAGGGAGCAGACAAACGGGCAGCAGCAGAGACUUGCGCAGGGGGCAGCUGUGGGGUGUUAUCAGCCGUGUGCGCAGCAACAAUCCUGUCCUGCCGGCCAUUGAGGCGUGGAGGAUGGCGGGAGGAGUGCUGGAUAAGGAGCUGCUGCUGUGGGCCAUCCGUCGCUGCCAGCCAUACGCUUACCGAGCAAAAGCAGCAGAGCUCUCUCAAUGGCUUAUUUCCUCUUCAGGCUUUCCCCUCACCUACCUUGACUACCAACUCGCCCUAGCCUGUGCUGCGCGGUGCAAUGCGGUGGGGACCGUUCGAGAGAUGUUCCUCUCCUUUCCUGAGGAGUUUUGCAAAGAAAAGGUGUAUGUUGGAGUGCUACACCAUUUUGCCAGGCGCGGGCGGACGCACAAGCUAGGGGAAGAACUGGAAUGGCUCCGUAAUCAAGGGGUAACUGAGGAAAAUGCCUCAUAUCGGUCGAAGCUUCAAGCAUUGCUAACCGAGCAGGAGAUUAUAUCGAAAGGGGCUACCUUGAAUGGAGCAGAUAUGACAAUAACGAGCGAGGGAGGGGGGGAAGGAGGAGGAGAUGAGGAGGAGGGAGGGGGAGGGGGAGGGGAGGAAGGGGAGGGGGGUUGGAAUGAUGCGGAUUGGUUUGAGUUGGGGGAGGGGAAGGAAGGUUCAAGGAAGGAGCGGUUGGAGAAAGUGCUGGGGGAUGUUGAUUUGUUGCUCCAAGAGAUGAAGGAGAAGGGAAUGAUGCCUGACGAAGUUGCUUACAACAUCAUUCCUGCCAGCCUCGCCAGGCUUGGGUCGGGAAGAUGCGGAAUGAUGCCUGACGAAGUGGCGUACAACAUCGUUUUAGCCAGCCUCGCCAGGCUCGGGCAGAUCGAAAAAAUGGAGGCCUAUCUUGCACGCAUGCGGGCAGAUGGCGGGCAGCCCAGCGGCGUGUCGUACAACAUCCUGAUUGGUGCAUACGCGCUCGCCGGGCAGUUUGAAAAAACGGACCUGUGUAUCGAGGCGAUGAAGGAAGCAGGAGAAAGGCUGAAUGUGAAGACGUAUUGGUCCCUGAUGGGGCGAUACGCGAAACGAGGAGCGGUUGAGAGGUUUUCCAAAGUGUGGGAAGAGGUGAAGCAGGCCGGGUUGCCUCUUGACAGAAGCAUGUACCACUCUCGAAUUGAGGUGCACAGCCGAGCGGGGGAUUUGGAGAAGGCGGAACAGGCCUUCAACGAGAUGUGUGCGCUCAUGCCCCCCACCACAGCAUCAUUCAACGCCUUCAACGAGAUGUGUGCGCUCAUGCCCCCCACCACAGCAUCAUUCAACGUGCUCCUGGCGGCACUCGGCAGGGCGGGCAGGCUCAACAAGAUCCCCGCUUUUAUGCAGUCCAUGCAGCGGUGGGGGCGGCCAAGGGACGCCAAGACAUUCGUCUUCCUUAUCGACGCGUUUCUAAGAGCUGGCGACGAGGAGGGUGCCAUGAGGGCCCUGCGGGAAGCAGCAGCCGUGGGAAUGCAGAGGAACGACCAGAAGCUUCCCUUCUCUUCCUUGAUCCAAGUGCUCAUCCCCGCCCGGAACAAGGGCGAUGUGGUUCGAGUGAAGGAGAUAAUUGGCCUCUCUCGUACCCUUUAUAAGAUGACUGAUCCGCGGCUAUUCCGCGACCUCGUUGUGACUAUAGUGAAUCGGUGGGAGAAGGAUAAGGAGUUGAGGGAUCCUGGGGAGGAGGGACAACUGGUGGACAAGGAAGAGGAUCCUUCCUGGAAGCGUCUAGUUUUGGACAUUCACGGGGUGCUGAAGGAUAUGAAGGAGUUGGGGAUCGAGCCGACCAAAAAAACAUAUCAAAUUCUUGAGUCUCUGGGACUGUCACAUAUGUUGUUGGAGAAUGUGUGA